AUGUCAAAUUUCGAUAAUAGGGACAAAACUAUUCGCAUGCGUAUCGCAGCUCAAGGACCUGGGAAAAUCUGCAAAAUCAACGGAAUUAAAAAGAUGUCUCUACGCAACGUAAAAAAGGUAGUAGAUGCCAAAUCCACUCAGGGCCAGUAUGUUGGCUCGGAUGACGACUUCGAACCAUUAUGUACACAAAAGUUAUCUAAAUCUCGUUACGAAGGGCUCCUUUUGAGCUAUAGUUCUGGAGAUGAAGAUAAAGUUAAGGAGGCAGCUCUAACAGAUACGGAAAAAGAAAAUAACUUAAUCUCGGAGGAAGUCGAAAAAUUAAAUUUACUUGAAGAAGGUAAGGAUACUGAAGAUCCGAAACCAGAAUGUACCCAACUGGAAAAGAAGAAGAAAAAGAAGAAGCAAAAAAGCAAUAGGAAACACGUAACGGGCGACUACGUUGAUGAAAUCGAUAAAUCUGUGUCCGAGGUGAACGCUAUGCUCGGAGAGCCCUCAGAACCAUCUGAUUAUAUUGAUGACUGGAUUCAAGAGGCGAAAGCUAGUUUAUUCUGUGUUUCACGUCGACAUCUCAAUUCGUCUAAUGAACUGUCGCGUUUGUUCGGUCCCGAAUCUGAUAAUGAACCCCGAAAAAGACAUGGACGUCGUCCAAACUUAAAACGCUUCCACAAUACUAAAAUAAUACAUAAAGAAUUUAGUUUUCAAAAAAUAGGUUUAUCGAUGUCCAUCGAACGACGUGAAAAGGGAGUGACAUACUUUACUUACGAUCAUGAUGAUGAUUAUCAGAAAUUGCAUCGGGAAUUCUUGAGGGUGAUCAGUCUGAGAAACACCGAUCUAAUGGCUCCAAUAGAAGCGUCUUUAAAGGCCAAGCAUGUUGAAGGGCUCAUAGAGGCGUCAGAUGUGCUGUUUCGCAUGGAAGAUAAUACUGCAGCAAGCAACGUUAUUGAGGAAGCGAUUGCUUAUAUGCAAUUUGUUGCUCACCCAUCUUUUAAUAUACUAGAUCUAAACACACGACUAGAAUACAAAUAUUUCGAGAAUCGUGCGUUCCAUAUUUUAAUAUUAAAAUAUAUUCACCUCCUAACCAACCGGGCCUGCCAUCGCACUGCGCUCGAGCUGGCCAAGAUAUUAAUGAAUCUAGACCCCUCUGAUCCUUUGGCAGUGGUGUUCAUAAUAGACACCUUGGCUCUUCGCGCCAGGGAACAUUACUGGCUAGUAGAGACCAUAGAAUAUCUUGACAAGGACCGCGAAGUGGGCUAUCUGUUUAAUAUGAAGUUUUCCAAGGCCUUGGCGAGUUUCCAUAAUGCUACCGAAGCACAUGGCGAUAUGAAUCCUUCUUGUCAGAUGCUUCAACAUGCUUUUAUUUCUUAUCCUUGGGCUUUGCGCGAGAUCCUCGAUGCCAUCAAGCAUACCGACGACGCUAUACGAGCUUAUACGCUGUUUAAUGAGUUUGCGCAAAAAUCAACCUCGAAUUAUCUGAAGAAUUUGAUUCACUUGUACGCGGCUCUCACGGCUUCGCAAUGGCGGGAGCCGCCUGUUUUGAAUUGGUUUAUAGAAAAUGCCAAACUCAUCGCAGAGCAGUAUGAUGAACAUCCAUUAACCAGGGAAGUUGUUGAGUCUUGGGAGAGUAUGCGUCAGUCUCUGUUCCGUGGAUGGCCGGAGCAAAUACAGAGACAUCUGAAUAUCAUAAAAUGCAUGUCCAAUUUGCUCGUCGAUGGCGAGGUGCCCGAAGCGCUGGCAACCCGCAGCUACGACCCGAUUCCCCCACGCGACACCGUCAACCGCUACGGCUACAAGCUCUAUCCCCUCGCACGGACCAGCCACGGCAAUACGAUAUUCUCUCAGUUUUUUGCGUCCAUCAUGCCCAAUUACGAUGUAUCCGAAGAGGAAGAGGAAUUCAGACCA